AGAAUUUAUUCGUUGAAUUUUGGAGCAUAACUCGAGCUAUUUUCAUUUGGUUUUUUUGAACUUUUGAUAAUGUCUUAAAAAUAAGAUUUGUUGAAGAAUCGAUUUUUUUUCGUUGGCUAAAAAUAGUUGUUGGACCCUCUAAAAGGGGGGGAAAAUGGUUUGAAAUUUGAAAGAAUUUAUUCGUUGAAUUUUGGAGCAUAACUCGAACUAUUUUCAUUUGGUUUUUUUGAACUUUUGAUAUAAUGUCUUAAAAAUACGAUUUCGAGGUUAAAUUCGUACGGAAUUUUCGAUAAGUUCGUUAGUGCAUUUUUUAUCGACGAUUAAGCAGCUCUUUUUAAGUCGAAUUUUGAGACUCUUCGUUCAAACACUCGCCAAUAAUGCGAAAAUGGACACUUUCGAAAUUCCCUUUGGACUUACUUUGCGACGAUUUUCUAGAUGAAGGAUCGAGUGCAUUUUUUUCUAAUCCAGAUGAAAAAUCGCACCAGUUGCGCUGCGUGAAUUUCUUUUUGAAUAAUUGACAUUUUUUUAUCAUAAUUUUUGCUCGUAUAGCUAAAUGCAUGCUCGAUAUUUUCCUGAAACGAAAAAAUAGUCGAAAAACAGGCCAAGCUGCGAGGAUUUUUUCACGUAAGAAGUGUCGGAAGAAAACGAGCAGCGCCAUUGUUUGGGGAAUGGUUCCGUAUGAGACAGAGACCUGUCGUCCACUCGAGUUUCUUAUUUAUAACUUUGUUAUUAACAAUUUAGUGCAAAAAAUCGCUGUUUUUUUAGUUUUUUGCUUAUAAAAUGAAAACUAUCGGAGUGAGCGCGAUGGUGUCAAGAGACGAAUUGUAGAGAAUAAAAAUACGAAGAAAACGAGAGGUCGGACGUCUCGAUCGGACCGUUAGUUGAGGAGAAAAUCGCUAAAAACCGACGAAAAUGGAGUUUUUUUCAAAAAUCAAUAUCUCAGUUAUUUUUUAAGCUACAGCGUAGAUCCUCCGGUCAGUAUAAGUUAUUGGCACGAACUUCAUUCGUGCGAAAAGCAGGCGCUGUCCGACGCAUACUUUCGGAUUUAUGGCCAUUUGAAUUUUUUCCUAUGCAAUUUUCCCGCAGCCCUUAAUGCCCCUGGAAUGCUCCGAUUUCAAUUUACCAAAAUUAUUUCGAAAGAGGAUUUCUUAUACUCGAAAAUGUUCAUCUCGGUUUUUCAUGAAAACCAAAAAAUUGUGGAAUUAUUUUUCAGCGAUCAUUGUGGAAGUUCUCCAUUAAAGAAAUUUUUGACAUUAAUUUAUUCGGUUGCAUAAAAAAAAUCAGCGUCUUUAUAUUCGUGCCCGUGUCGAUGUGCUACGGGAAACAGCUCGUUCCAACGGUUCGCACCUUAAAAACAAUAGGAAACGCGUAACACGCGCCCAUUAUGAGAGAGUGCACGAUAAAACAAUAAACGGAAGAUUUUCGUGGGAGAAGUGCAACCACGUUACGCAGAAAGAUAGUUGACUUUUGAAUGGAAAAAGGUGGCAGACUUGCGAGAACUGAAUAACGAGGUGUUGAUGCAGAGGGAGCUUCGCGUCGUUGGAAAGAAAGCAGCUUCAAAAAGGCGGCGGUAAUGGUCGAGAAGUACGUGACAUAAAAUUGAUGAUGUUGACUAUUUUUUGGGGAAAUCGAAUUUGUCAAUUUUCGGUGUGAGAAUUAAAAUUGUGAGGAAUUAAUUUUUUUCUCAUUUCCAUUCCUUUUUAUCGGAAAUUCAUUUUUUCCAUUUUUUCGAGGUUUUCUUUGUACUAAAAAAGUAAAGAAAUGGCCCUCGAAAUGAUGAUUGUAGGAAGCAAAUAUCAAGUUACCGAGUUGAAAAUGUUGUGCAUAUAAAUUAUACGUCUUUACUAAAUCUUCGUAUAUUAUUUUGAAACGUUUCAUUGAAUAAUAUUGUAUUAUUAUAAUUGUUUUCACGUCAAUUGUAAAUCUUGAGCUAUAAAAUGUAUUUUUUGUCAGGAAAAUUAAUGCUGUUUUUUAGUUGAAAUAAACUGGAAUUCACAAUUGCUGCAAAAUGAAACGUAACAAUAUUCUAUAUGCGCGAAAAACCGAUUCGUACGUAAUAACGGUUUGUUAUUUUUAGAAUUUUUACGUAUGCAGUCAUGGUGCGUGGAAAAAAAUGAAUUUUUUGUUCUUUUUGGCGAGGUUUCGAUGUACCCUAGUAGCAAUUUUCAAAAGUGCUACUAGGGUAGGCGAGCUUAUGGGAUUCCCGCCAUUUUCAGCUCUCGAGCGGAUAAUUAUUUGCUCGAUGUCUUUGUUGUCGCACACUCAAUGGAUCUGGCGUCGUCACUGUUACUUGGGUUCAGUUGAAAAGUUCACCGCUAAGUGCGCUAGUGCCGACUCGCAACUAUUUUUCAAACUUUCACCACAAAGAAGUCGUUUCGGUUACACUUAAGAUUUUCAGUUGUUCUAUUGUUCACGUCUCACGUGUCAGCCCAGUAGAAUUAGAAUUGCCGGCUUUUUUGUCUAACAUUAUUCGAGGCUACGUAAUAACUACGCGAAUGUAACUUCCGAUAAGUGGUAGUAACAACUAACCCGGGUCACUUCGGUGACACAUAUAAAUUGUCAGACAGCUCACUUAACGCUUUGAAUGUCGUUGGAUGAGAACAAAGUGAAAAACUCCUUGAAGACAACCCGAUUUAAUCAUUAUCCACCACGAAUGGAUAGGAGGCCCGAAAAAAUAUACAGCCAAAGAAUGCAGGCUCUGGAACGAUACUGCACGAAAUUCGAAUGGGUGUUGCCCGAUUGGAGCCUCCUCUAUGAUAACACUUAUUCAAGGGGAAUCAAAUCCGAUUCCUUCCCGCUUCAUGGCGUGCCUCCUUGUACUUGUCGAUUAUUUCUCAAUCUACAAGAUAAGGAGAGCAAUAUUCAUAUACUAUUAUCCGAUCCUGCAUCUAUUCUUGCAGCAAAAGUAACAUUGAUCAUUAAUGAGAAUUUACCAUCUAUAUGGAGCUUGAGUCAACCAGUCCUUAAAAACGAUCAUCUGGGAAUCAUUGUAUCACAGGAUAAGAAAGAAAUCUGGGAUGUGAUGAAUAUCGAUCCAUCAAAAGAAGUCAAAGAUACGUUAACUAUCGUAGCCAAUUUUGUAGUCACACCGUUUCCUGCACCUUUACCCUAUGAGAAUCCUGCUCCGACGAAUGUUCUGAGAAAAAUGAAAGCUUUAUUUGGUGAUAAGAAGUUCUGCGAUGUUACUCUCGUGUUCGACAACGAAGAAAUUCCAGCACACAAAUCUGUCCUGGCAGCACACAGCGAAGUUUUUCAAGCCAUGUUUUCAAGUCGGAUGACAGAAAACGAAGAAAACAGAGUCACAAUAGUUGAUAUAGAUGCAAAGCUGUUCAGAGAAUUUCUUAAUUAUUUGUACACUGGUCAGGUUAAUAAUUUGAAAGACUCUGUUGAAGAAAUGAUAAUGGUGGCAGAUAAGUAUCAAGUCACAGAGCUCAAAGAAAUGUGCGCAAAUUUUAUGUUAAAAAACCUCAACACCAAAAACGUUGUACAGUAUAUUCUCAUUGCCGAUAAGCUCUGCUGCAACAAAUUGAAAAAGGAAGCUUUACACCUUCUUCAAAACAGCUUGAGUGUGUACGAAAAUGUUAUCAAGGAAAGUAAUGUCGAGACAGUUGCAGAAUUAUCGAAAAUAUUGAGAGAUUCUUUAAAAACGUAGAUAAGAAAUAUUCCAACGAAACAAUGAAUUUUUUUUACCCAAUGUUCUUUUAUUUCGCUGUUCCAUGAUUUCACAUGUAAUGCUUCGGCUAAUUUUUUUUUUCUUACAUUUGAACAGUUUUUUUUUAAUUCAAAGAACAUUACUAAUUUUGAUCUCGUAGAGAGCUCACAAUCUUUUAUGUUCUUGGGAAUGCCUAAUCCCAAUCCAAUUAACCUUCAGAAUGAAAAGCAUCAAAUUUAGAAUAGAAAUCGACCUCCAAACUUUUAUUUUUUAUAAUAUCCUUUAUUAAAUUUUUUUUUAAUAUUUACUACACUUGUAAAAGUCAUGAGUAAGCUUAUUUACAGAACAAUAAUUAUAUUUGGUCCUUGCUUAUGUAUUGUGCAGUUUUAAGAAUAAUUUAUCGAGUGACAUUAUUAAAAGCGUAUUGAAAUAAAAAAUUUUUAAUUAUCUACUGUAAGUUGCUCAGAUAGUUUAUCAUUGCAUUUUAUUUCUCGAACUUGUUUUAUAGUUUUGUGAUAGUGUAAGUUUAAAAAAACGUGUAGGUAAGCUACUUGAUAUUAUAGAAGUAACCAUAUGGUGAAAAAAAUGUUUCCUUCAUACACGCUGUAAUAUUAAUAAAAGAAUUUUGAUUAGA